CCGCCGGGGCCGACCCCUCCCUUCUUUACUUCCUCCCGCGGCCGCGGCGGGCUCUUCUCCCUCGGAGCCGUGACCCCAUUUGACAGAUGGGGCAAUCGAGGCCCAAAGAAAAGCGGGCGGAGUUGUCCCAGGUCGCACUGCUAGAAAGCGAAUUCGAGCUGGGACUCGAACCUGGGUCUCCUGACCCCAAACUUAGCGUCCCUGCCUUCCGUCCACUUGCUCAGAGUGAAUAGAGAGUCCAGCCGCAGGACCCAGCCGCCCCGCGAAGUUUGGCCCCCGGCAAAGCCAUCACCCCCACUUCCUGCCCGUGUUCCUCUCCCCGCCCCCCGGCCCCCCGCUGUUUCCCCCGUCUCCCGCUGCCGGACCGCCCCGAGUUCCGGGCGCCUCCGCCGGGGGGGGGUGGGGAGGGUUCCUUGCCUCGCAGGCUCGCGGGCGCCGGGGAUGUUUGUGCCCGAGAAGCAGACCCGCGGGGAGGAGGUGUUGCUUGCAGUUGUGCUCUCGUGUUUGAAAGAGUCGGGGGCUGCUGUCUGUGAAUUUUUUUUGAAGGCCGCCUGUGGAAAAGGGGGGAUGUGCCCGUUCCGUCAUAUUAGUGGCGAGAAGACUGUUGUGUGCAAACACUGGCUUCGAGGACUGUGCAAGAAAGGAGACCAAUGCGAAUUCCUGCAUGAGUAUGAUAUGACCAAGAUGCCUGAGUGUUACUUCUACUCCAAAUUCGGGGAAUGCAGUAACAAAGAAUGUCCCUUUCUUCACAUUGAUCCGGAAUCCAAGAUCAAAGAUUGUCCUUGGUAUGACCGAGGCUUCUGCAAACAUGGUCCUCUCUGCAGGCACAGGCACACCAGGAGAGUCAUUUGUGUGAAUUACCUUGUUGGAUUCUGUCCAGAAGGGCCUUCCUGUAAAUUCAUGCACCCUCGAUUUGAAUUGCCCAUGGGGACCACAGAACAGCCACCUCUGCCUCAACAGACACAGCCUCAGGCAAAGCAAAAUAACAAUCCACCAUUACAAAGGUCGUCCUCCUUGAUCCAGUUAACGAGUCAGAACUCUUCUCCCAAUCAGCAGAGAACCCCGCAAGUCAUUGGGGUCAUGCAGUCUCAAAACAACAACGUGGGGAACAGGGGACCCCGGCCGUUGGAGCAGGUCACCUGUUACAAGUGUGGCGAAAAAGGACACUAUGCCAACAGAUGCACCAAAGGACACUUGGCUUUUCUCAGUGGACAAUGAUGUGUGCGCGCCAAAGACAGUUCAAACAUCAGUUGCCCAAGGAGCCAUUUUCUUUCCCUGUAGCUGUUGUGCUGGGGAGAGCUCAUCCCACCACCAUCCUUUGGAUCUGUGACUUAAUUGUUUAAUGCCAAUGUUGACAAAAUUAGGGUUAGAGGCUGACUGAAGGGUUUUUCUUUUCAAAAAUAAAAUUUGAGGGUUAGGGGUUGCUAGUUUCCCUAUAUUUUGUUUUCUUUUUUAAAAGAAAUAUGCUAUUUGAUGCCUCUGAGGGUGAUGCCCUCAGUUGGUAUCACAUGCCUGUCGUUCAACCCAACAAGCCCAUUUGUUAAAGGCUUGGUUGUUAGUGAUGUAUUUGGAAGACAAGUGGCCUUCUGUGGUCUCUGACCUGAAUAAGUGACCUGAGUGACCUGAUUAAGGUAGGGUCUCUUAUGUCACUCAAAACUUGGCUUUCUGCUGAAUUCAUGAUACAGUAGUCAGCCCCAAUAGGAAACUUGAUUUUCGCCUCAUGCUGGUCCAAGCAACAAGAAGUAAACAGCAGUUCAAAGGAAGGAUAGUUUGAGUCAGGUGCUUAUUAGAUUAGGGUAUAUUUCUGCUUGGGAUGUCAGUUUAUUUUGACAACACUGAGUACAACUUUAUAGGACUUAAAUGAGAGCCACAGGUUAUCUGUUUUAAUUGAUGACCCAGUUGGCAAGAAAGUAUCAUAUGUCACCUUAAUGCUUAAUGUUGUAUUACGCCUCCUUAUUGCUUAUUGCUUAGGUGCUGUUGAAAUGUGAAGGAAACCACCAUGUAAUUGAAUAUGCUGUUGAAACUCUGUGAAACUAUCAAAUACAAUUUUCAGGGAAAAUGGGCCUAUGAAAGUUUAAUUGCAACAAUUUUUAUGAUUUUGAUUAAAAACUUUUAAAAAGAC